GUCCUAUUAUAAAAAAUGUAACCUCAGUUUCACUGUAUUCAAAAAAUCAUUAGAUUCUGUUUCUCUUAUAAAUUUGCAUUCCUCCAAUAACAUUCAAUUAUAUUUCAUCUCUUGUUCCUUAAUCCUUCAGUAACUUUCGUUGUCUGACAAGCAUAAAAAAAAGGUGUAUCUGUCUGAAAAUUGCAAAGAAUUUUGGUGAACUUCUAUGAUUCAUAGAGGUUUAUCCAUCACUCUUCUCCUAAUCUAGCUUACAAAGUCAUAACUCAUAUAAGAAGAUCUUACUCAAAUACAAAGAAUUUAGUAUGACUCUUGAUAACACCUUUUAACACUAACUCAGAUAAACUUUAGAUUAUCUUCCAACAUUAUGUAAUUUCUUUUACAGGUUGAAUAAACAUGGAAUGAAUGAAUCUCAGGGCUACAAGUAUUUUGUUUUGCGUGCACAAAAAAUAGCAUUAUCACAUGGAUAUGAAGUCAUCAAUUGGGAAGAGACUUUCAACAACUUUGGGAGUCAACUCAGCCCAAAAACUGUGGUUCAUAACUGGCUUGGUGGUGGAGUAGCACAGAAGGUGGUGGCGGCUGGACUGAGAUGCAUUGUGAGCAACCAGGACAAGUGGUACUUGGAUCACUUGGAUGUCCCAUGGCAGAAGUUCUACAUGAAUGAGCCCCUUACAAACAUCUCCACGCCUGAGCAGCAGAAAUUGGUCAUUGGUGGUGAGGUGUGCAUGUGGGGAGAAAGUAUUGAUGCCUCUGAUAUCGAGCAAACCAUCUGGCCUCGUGCUGCAGCUGCUGCAGGUAAUACUGGCAAAAACUAAGCAUUAAAAUCUCGGUUAGAUAUCAGUUUCCAUAACCUACCCAACCAAUAUAAGACCAGUAUAUAUAUAAUUGAAUAAAAUAGAAAAACAAAUUAAAAAGUAAUGGUAUUGUAUCGCUA